CGGAGGGAGGAAAAACGAAAAAAAAAAGAAACACAAUCAAUCGCCGAGUGGCGUUGUCGCCCGCCCGCCUUAGUUACUCCAAGGGCCAAAAAGAAAGAGAGAGAGAGAGAGGGAGGGGGGAGACUGAAGAAAAUGGACCCCAACCGGAUCAUACAGGCGCUCAAAGGCACCAUCGACCCCAACCAAAGGAUCGCGGCCGAGACCGAGCUCAAUCAGUCUUACAAGAUCAUAAACUUUGCUCCAACAUUGCUUCAGAUCAUCGUGUCUGAUCAGGUCGAAUUUCCAGUAAGACAAGCCGCGGCUAUCUACAUGAAGAACAUGGUGACUCAGUACUGGCCGGAUCGUGAAGCACCUCCUGGGGAAGCUAUGUUGCCUUUCAACAUACAUGAAAAUGAUCGUCAACAAAUCCGGGACAACAUUGUAGAGGGGAUCAUUCAAUCUCCUGACUUAAUCAGGUCUCAGUUGGCUGUGUGUCUUCGUGCUAUCAUUAAGUACGAUUUCCCAGGACGAUGGACGGCAGUGGUGGACAAAAUAGGCUUUUUCCUGCAAUCGCCAAAUAAUGCAAGCUGGCUCGGCAGCCUAAUGUGUCUGUACCAGCUGGUCAGGACUUAUGAAUUCAAGAAGGCAGAGGAACGAGAUCCUCUGAUAGCAGCGAUGCAGAUAUUUUUACCACGGAUUCAGCAGCAAAUCAUGCAACUUCUGCCUGAUGCAACCCAUUGGUCGGUGCUGAUUCAGAAGCAGAUCUUAAAAAUCUUCUUUGCACUUGUUCAGUACGCACUACCACUGCAACUGGUAAAUAAGCAAACCAUGACUCAAUGGAUGGAAAUAUUUAGGACAAUCAUUGACCGAGAUGUUCCUCCUGAAACAUUGCAGGUGGAUGAAGAUGACAGGCCUGAACUGGUAUGGUGGAAAUGUAAGAAGUGGGCUUUGCACUUGGUUACGAGACUCUUUGAAAGGUAUGGAAGCCCUGGGAAUGUAACAAAAGAGUACAACGAGUUUUCAGAAUUCUUCUUUAAAACAUAUGCUGUGGGUAUUCAGCAGGUGCUACUAAAGUUGGUAGAUCAGCACCGACAGAAACAAUAUGUUGCACCUCGUGUGCUGCAGCAAGUCCUUAACUACCUGAAUCAAGGUGUCAAUCACUCUCUCACAUGGAAGCAAAUGAAGCCACACAUUCAGAGCAUUUCUGAAGAGGUCGUCUUCCCACUGAUGUGUUAUAAAGAUGAAGAUGAGGAGCUGUGGCAGGAGGAUCCAUACGAAUACAUUCGGAUGAAAUUUGAUGUAUUCGAGGACCAUGUCUCUCCAACCAUUGCAGCUCAGAAUUUCCUUUACACUGCAGCAAAGAAGAGAAAGGAGGUUUUGCCAAAGAUGAUGAGCUUUUGUUACCAGAUCUUGACAGACCCAGGCGGUGAUCCGCGAAAGAAGGAUGGAGCGCUACAUGUAAUUGGUUCUUUGGCGGAUAUACUGCUAAAAAAAAACAUAUACAAGGGCCAAAUGGAGUUGAUGCUUCAGAAUUAUGUAUUUACACUCUUUAACUCUGAUCUAGGCUAUCUCCGAGCUAGGGCUUGCUGGGUUCUUCAUUCAUUUUGCAAUCUGAAGUUCACAAAUGAUCUCAACUUAAGAAAUGCAGUUGAGUUGACAAAAAAGAGUUUAAUUGAAGAUAAAGAGAUGCCAGUCAAAGUAGAAGCUGCCAUAGCUCUGCAGACGCUUAUAAGUAACCAGGAUCAAGCUAAGGAAUAUAUAAAACCAUCAGUCAGGCCAGUAAUGCAAGAGCUGCUCCAUGUUGUCCGAGAAACUGAGAAUGAUGAUCUCACCAACGUCAUUCAGAAGAUGAUAUGUGAAUACAGUGAGGAGAUGACCACUAUUGCUGUUGACAUGACACAGCAUUUAGCCAUGACUUUCAGCAAAGUCCUCCAGAGUGACGCAUAUGAAGAGAUAGAGGACAAGACAGUGAUGGCUAUGGGUAUCCUGAACACUAUAGACACCAUCUUGACUGUAGUGGAGGCUCACAAGGAGAUUACACUGCAGCUCGAGGGCAUCUGUUUGCAGGUCAUUGGACUAGUACUUCAGAAACACGUAAUAGAAUUCUAUGAAGAGGUUCUGUCCCUAGCAUAUAGCUUAACAUGUCAAGUAAUAUCUCCUAAUAUGUGGCAACUUCUUGGUGUUCUGUAUGAAGUCCUUCAGCAAGACUGCUUUGAAUAUUUCACAGAUAUGAUGCCUCUUUUGCACAAUUAUGUGACCGUAGACACGGAUGCGUUUCUGUCUAAUCCUAAAAACGUAGAAAUUAUUUACAACUUGUGUAAAAAGGUCCUGACGGGGGAUGCAGGGGAAGAUGCAGAGUGCCAUGCUGCGAAACUGCUUGAGGUGAUCAUCCUUCAAUGUCAAGGGAAGGGCAUUGACCAGUGUAUUCCAUUGUUUGUUGAAGCAGUCCUGGAGCGAUUAACUCGUGGAGUUAAAACAAGUGAACUGCGGACCAUGUGUCUUCAGGUGGCCAUUGCGGCCCUUUACUACAGCCCCAUGCUACUUGUGAAUACCUUGGAAAACAUUUGCUUUUCACACAGUGCAGAGCCUAUUACAGCACAGUUUAUUAAUCAGUGGAUGAAUGACACGGAUUGUUUUCUUGGGCUUCAUGAUCGGAAAGUCUGUAUCAUUGGUCUGAGCACACUAAUGGAAAUGCAAAACAGACCAGAAGCUGUGGAUGCUGUGGCCGCUCAAAUUCUACCUUCAUUGCUGCUCCUGUUCCUUGGCCUAAAACGAGCAUAUGCAAGCAGAGCUCCCAAUGAUCAAAACGAGAAUGGAGAAGAGGAAAAUGAGGAUACUGAAGAAAAUGAAGAGAUCCCAAGCGAUGAAGAUGACAUUCGUGAAGCAGGACAGCAGUACCUGGAGAUGCUGGAGCAGCAUCAAGUGCAGGAAGAUGAUGAUGACGAUGAUGAUGAUGAUGAUUGGGAUGAAGAUGGGUUAGAAGAAACUGCUCUGGAAGGGUUCUCUACACCUCUGGAUGAAGACAACAGUGUUGAUGAAUACCAGAUUUUUACAUCAGCACUGCUAAGGGUACAGAGUAGGGAUGCUGCCUGGUACCAGACUCUCACUGCCCCUUUGAGCGAGGACCAGAAGAAACAGUUACAGGAAAUCUUUGCACUGACAGAACAGCGGAAAAAUGCAGCAGAAUCCAAGAAAAUUGAAGGACAGGGUGGUUAUAACUUUGACAUGACUGCACCAGUUCCCACAGCAUUUAAUUUUGGAGCAACUCCAGGGGGCAACUGACCUACCGAUGGCAUUUUUAUUAAAACUUCAGGGCAUCAUGAAAAAAAAAUCUUCCAUCCAUCAGCAUUACUGAAGCUGUCUGGAGACCUUUGGAACCGGUGUUGAACCCUUCCAGUGCUGGACCGUAACUCGAUUAUCGUUUGAGGCUCUUAUUGGUAUUUUUUUUUCCCUCAAGUGAACUGAGUGAAAAUCAUCCCCCCGCCCCCCCCCCAAACCACAGGCACUACGGGGAAAGGUUUGGUUAACCACCACCUCUCAGGUUCCCAAUAUACAGGCAUUUGACGGGUUAAUACAGAUACAUAGUGCCUUCUGUCGCAUGUGGAUUGCCUCAGAUUUUAGUUUGGAAAGAAAUGGCAUGAUUUAAAGAAAAGUACUUUAACCAUGUUUUUUUAAUAUUUACCAGAGAUUUUUUUAAAAAUCUGCUUAUUGCAGCUCUGCUAUUUUUAAAUUUCUGUGUGGUGACUGUUUUAACAUUUAAAAUAUUAUCCUUGGUAAAAAGCUGUCGGUUUCUGUGAUUUGUGAUAGCAGUGGUAGCCUAGGAAUAAAUAAAUUGCAACUCCGUUUAAAAUUAUGUGGAAAUUCACAAGUCCGUCUUGGCGGACAAUCGCGAUUCCUUUUUUCUGAAAGGGGGACAAAUUUUAAUAACCAUGCACAGUUGAAAAAUAUCAAUAUUCUGGCAGUAUGUUUAGCUGUUGAAUGGCAGUCGAGAGAAUUUUAGACUUUGAGACAUGAAUUAUUUUCUUGUUUAUGUUAUAUAAGGUAUCAAAUGCUCAUCUGGGUAAAGCAAAAAUUGUCACGGCUGAUUACUGUACUUCUACAUUGGUUCUUUGAGAGAGCUUGUGAGUUUUCAUUCUCAGCUAUUGGGUGCCUCAAUAAAGCCUUUGGUUGAGCA